CGGAGGCCGGAAGUGCUCCCGGAGGACCGAGCGGCGGCAGAGGACCCGGCAGGCGCGGGACCAUGAGCUGGAUUCCUUUCAAGAUCGGGCAGCCCAAGAAACAGAUCAUCCCCAAAACUGUGGAGAGAGACUUCGAGAGGGAGUAUGGAAAACUCCAGCAGCUGGAAGAGCAGACGAAGAGGCUGCAGAAGGACAUGAAGAAGAGCACAGACGCCGACCUGGCUAUGUCGAAAUCCGCCGUGAAGAUCUCCUUGGACUUACUCUCUAACCCGCUCUGUGAGCAAGACCCCGACUUUCUGAGUAUGGUGACAGCCCUGGACACAGCCAUGAAGCGGAUGGAUGCCUUCAACCAGGAGAAGGUGAACCAGAUCCAAAAGACUGUGAUCGAACCCUUGAAAAAGUUCGGCAGCGUCUUCCCGAGCCUCAGCAUGGCCGUGAAGCGGCGGGAGCAGGCCCUGCAGGACUACCGGCGACUGCAGGCCAAGGUGGAGAAGCACAAGGAGAAGGAGAAGACGGGCCCCGUACUGGCCAAGCUACACCAGGCCCGAGAGGAGCUGCGGCCAGUGCGGGAUGAUUUCGAGGCCAAGAACAGGCAACUUCUGGACGAGAUGCCACGCUUCUACGGCAGCCGGCUCGACUACUUCCAGCCCAGCUUCGAGGCCCUGAUCCGGGCACAGGUGAGGCCUGUGUGUGCCACGUCCCCACCUGCCCCCUGGAGACAGGCACGGCUGUGGAUGCAUCUCACGCACAGGUGGCGUACUACUCGGAAAUGCACAAGAUCUUCGGGGACCUGACAAGGCAGCUGGACCAGCCAGGCCACUCGGAUGAGCAGCGGGAGCAGGAGAACGAGGCCCGGCUGAGCGAGCUCAGAGCCCUGUCCAUCGUGGCUGACGACUGAGUGCCAUCACUUGCAACUCCUGGGACACUCGCC